AUGGCGGCGGAGUCCAGGCGCUCAUGGGCCCAGGCUCGCAGCGCGUACGGCGCGAGCACGGCAAUGCGGCGCGGCGUGGACCGCCGGCGGGAGCCGGGGCCUCAGCCCAAUGGGCCGGUCCCCGAAGAGGCCCACGCCCCGGGCCGCCUGGCUCGCCUGCGGGGCCAGAUCCGGGCAGGGGCGGAGGCGCGGGCCGACGCUCCCCGGCUGCUGCGGCUGGUGGAGCGCGCGGGGGCAGCGGCUGGGGCAGGGGCCAGAGAGGUGGGAGCAGGGGAGCGGGAGGACACGCGCAGCCGAGGCUCUGUGUGCUCGGUGUGCGGGGAGCCACGCUUCGGGGCCACCUACCCAGCGGGCGUCCUGGAAGUGAGUGAGCGGCGGCUGCAGGAGGGCCUGGCGGCCGUGCGUGCGGAGCUGGGCGCCGGGCUGGAAGCGCUGCGGAGGGAGCUGCGGGCUGAGCUGGACGCCCUGCGCGCGCUUCUGCCUCCCCCGCCCCAGCCGCCGCCGGCCCGCCGCGACUCCCGCCCCGCGCCCCGCGGCCCCGGCCUGCUGCGGGCGCUCGGCGCCGUGAACGCCCUGGCCGCCGUCACCGGGCCCACCGACGACGCCUCGGACGGCCCCGCCAAUGGCGCCGCGAGCCGGGCCCCGGCCCGGAAGAACCUCAAGAAGACGCCGGUGAUCCCCGGGGCCUCGCAGGACGGCGAGGAUUGA